CGGCAAUUGUGUUACAUUUAGGGAUAAAUAAAUUACUUUUUUUUUACCGUAAAAAUGAUUGUUUUGUGUUAAAUAAACUUUAUAAUUUAUCAAAAAUAAUAAAUUUAUUCUUCCAAAGACUAUAUAGUUAGGUUUGGUUGAUUUGUAAUAUAUUUCCAAAUAGGGUAAUAGAUGUUAGAUUAUGUUUAUCUUUACGGCGUGGGUGUUAAAAUAACGGCAAAGAAAGUGUGGGUAUUCAGAAAGAAUAUAAGAAAUAUAUAAUUUAGUAUCGAAAAAAAAAUCUCAGUGUUAAAAACUACGUGACAUAACCUACUCCAAAAAAGAAAAUGCAAAAAAGUAUUUUUAUUUUUUUGUUCACACAUUGUUUGGUGUGGGGCAAUGACUAUUAUGAACUUUUGGGAUUACAAAGAACCGCCGAUCAACGAGAAAUUAGACGAGCAUUUAAAAAACUUGCGGUCACUCAACAUCCGGACAAAAAUACUGAUGAUCCAAAAGCUCACGAUAAUUUUGUAAAACUAACGAGAGCCUAUGAAGUAUUAAAGGAUCCAGAUUUAAGAAAAAAAUAUGAUAUUCACGGAGAAGAGGGACUCGACAAUAAUAAUAAUAGACGCAAUCAAUAUCAUUCCUGGACAUAUUAUCAAAAUAAUUUUGGAAUUUAUGAUGACGAUCCUCAAAUUAUGACACUCAACAGAAAUGAUUAUUUUGAAAGUGUAUUGGAUUCGGAAAAAAUGUGGUUAGUAAAUUUUUAUUCGCCAAUGUGUAGUCAUUGUCAUCAUUUAGCACCUGUUUGGCGUAAAGUCGCUAAAGAACUCGAGGGUGUAAUUCGCGUUGCCGCUGUUAAUUGCGAAGACGAUUGGCAACUUUGCAAUAAAAUUGGAAUUCAAUCGUAUCCAACUUUAAUGCACUAUCCAAAGAAUUCGAAUCGUGGCGCUCGUUACACGGAUGAAAAAUCGUAUGAGGCAAUUUUACAAUUUGUUUUGGAUCGACUCGAUGUAAAAAUUGAGAAAAUAACAAAAAAAAUUUGGAAUCAUUUAUUGAAAGGACUCGAAUUGUCUGAUAAGCCAACAUUAGUUUUUGUUUGUAAUAAUCAUCGUCAUUGUUUCACGUCAGACGAAAGGCUCAAAGUAGCCGCGAUAUUUGACAAAAUGAUAAAUAUCCGAGUCUUCGAAUGUGAGAAAGAUUGUGAUGAUAAAUUUUCUAAAGAUAGUGGCGUUAUUUAUUUUCCAUCACAAAAUGACGAUGUAUGGAAACCAAUUUCUUUAGAGGACUCAAUUGAUGUUGAUGAAUUGGUGAAAAAAAUUCUCGAUCAAUUACCCGAGCCGCAAGAUAUUAGCGAUUUCGAUUUUGAGAAAAUUGAAAAAAGUCUCGAAUCUCAGGAUGAAGACGGUUGGUUAAUUUGUUUUUAUAUUGGACACGCGACCGAAUUGGAUGUUCAAUUAAAAAAAUUACCAAGUAUCGUUCGCGGAAUGAAUUUAGCUAAAAUAAAUUGUGGUAAAUAUGCGAAAUUAUGCCAGGAUUUAAAUGUAAAUCACUAUCCAUCAUGGGGUGUAUUAAAACCCGGUGGUGGUGCUUUUGAAUUGAAUCAUGGGAAAAAUACAAUAAACGAUAUUGCACGAUUUGCAAAAAAUAGUGUUAAAGCAAAAAAUGUCCGUGCACUAUCGGCAGAGAAAAUACUCUCAAUUCUAAAGAGAGAAAAUGGAAAUGAAGCUUGGUUUAUCGAUUGGUAUGCGCCAUGGUGUCCACCAUGUUUGGAAUUUUUGCCAGAAUUACGAAAAGCCUCAUUGGAAUUUAAAUCGUCUUUAAUUCAUUUUGGCACUGUCGAUUGUACAGUUCAUUCGAAUAUUUGUCGACAAUAUAACAUUCGUUCCUAUCCAACUGCAAUGUUAAUUAAUGGCACAAAUACAAUUCAAUUUACAAUGCAAAAAACCGCUUCAAAUGUUAUACAAUUUAUUCACGAGGCAAUGAAUCCAUCUGUCAUAGAAAUUACGUCGAAGAAUUUUAAUCAAAGACUCGUGAAAAAGAAAAGUAAACUUCUUUGGGUUGUGGAUUAUUUUGCCCCGUGGUGUGGUCCCUGUCAACAAUUGGCAUCUGAAUGGACAUCAGUGGCAAAAGCAUUGCGACAAUUGAAUUUUGUGAAAAUAGCAAAAAUUAAUUGUGACAUUGAAUCAAAUCUUUGCAGAACACAAGGAAUACAAAGUUAUCCGACAAUUAGACUUUAUCCCACAGAAAGCGAAGGAAUCAAUACAAUUGCAUUAUAUAAUGGACAAAGGGAUUUCUUCUCGAUGCUACUGUGGAUUACAGGAUUUUUCCCAGUCAAAGUCAAAGAGUUAACGUCUUCCACAUUCCAAAAGGACGUUCUAAAAGGGAACGAACUUCAUUUGGUUGAUUUUUAUGCACCAUGGUGCGGUCAUUGCCAAAGACUGGAGCCUCAUUAUAAUAUUGUCGCUCAGCUUCUUGAGGGUAAAAUUCAAGUAGCGCGAAUCAAUUGCGAAAUUUAUAGAAACGAAUGUUCGCAAUCUGGAAUUCAAGCAUAUCCAACGCUAAUGCUUUAUGGACGAAAAUCGAGUUAUAGAAUAGAAGGUGCCAAAGCUGAGGAAAUACAUAGUAAUGUUUUGAAAAUAUUAAAUCUCAAAACUGAACAGAAACACGAUGAACUGUAACAAUCGUUGUUCAAGUAGGUGCCUUGUGAUCUCUAUUUUAUAUAAAAAAAAAUGACGUUCAUAAUUAAAAAAAAAUUUUUUUUUAAGAAAAUCAAUUACUGAUGAUUGACUUUGUUUUUGUCAAUCGCAUAAAAAAAUUGUGGUUUUUUUCUAUAAAAAAAGUAGAAAAUUUCGAAUCAAAUACUCGAAAGAACCAUUUUGGAUUUUUUUUAGCAUAUAAACUUAGGUAAUUUUUGAAAGAAACUUUAAUGAAAAUUAACAAAAACAAAAUACGGGUCGCUUGCCCUUCGAGCCCUCACUAAGUCGCUCUUUUGUAUUUUGUCCAAUUUUAUUUCAUUACGGGUUUUUGUUCCUUUCUUCGAUUUUUCAUACAAUAUUUAGUUAAAUAAUUUUACGCCGUAAAAUGUGAUAAGAAUUGUAAUCAGUUAUUAAUUGUAUUUAAUAAGUUACAUAAUUUACAUUUAUACUAUAACAUUGUUGGAUUAUUUUAUAUGAUAUUGAUUUUUUAAAAAUAUCAACAUUUUUCAAAUCGAUGUAAUAAGCUAUAUAUCAAAUUCAAAAAUAUUGCUAUUUUCAUUUUUUAAAAAAAGGUGUCCAAAGUUUAAAUAAUUUCCUAAAGGUCUAAAUCCUAGGGGCCUGCUUUAGACUAUUAAAAUAAAAAAAAAAUAAAAACUUAAUAAUAAAGCCUCUAUUUUGGGUUGAAAUAGAGGCUACUUGCUUUUUGUUUCAAAUUGAAUAAUUCAAGAAUUAUUGUAAUUUGAAAAAUUUUUUACUUAAAAUGCUGAUAUUGCAUGAAAACUUAAUGUUUCAUUUAUACAUUAAUCUAUUCUAAUUAUCAUCUUAAAAGGAGAUAAAAUUCUUCGAAAAUGUUCCACUACCGAAGAUCUCUGCCUUUUAAU